AGCAGACAAAACAUAGGCCUUUCCAUAAAACAAGUGCUUCGGGAGAUAAUCAGCAAUCAAAUUUCUUAGCAAAAGCAGCCACGAAAUGAUUGUGACCAUAUUUAUGCAUUUUAUCUUGUUAUAGCUCGAUAAUUGGACUUGGACUAUUCCCAUUCUUGUUUCUUUAUAUUAGAUUCCAUUCAUUGCACAGUUCAUUGUUAAAACGUACCAGAAAAAAAAAAGGAAAAAGAAAAAGAAAAACCAUGGUUUACCAAAUGAGCUGCCAGCACGUUUUCAGAGAUUUAGCAAACAAUUUUUUGACCGAGUGUUACAAGAUAACUUUAUACAAAUAUUGUAAUCAUUUCUUAAUCAUAAUUUUAAAAAUUCCUCUCUUGACUUGAGAUACCAUAACUUCGUGAGGGUCACGUAGACACCAUCACAUAUUCUAAAGCCUUAAAACUAUAUAAAGGCAUAUAUUUUGAAGUCAAUUAGGCAAUUCACUUUGUACAGUACUUAAUAACUUUGAGCAUAGUUUAGGCCAACAGCCAUGGCAGCUCUUCAUUCAUGGUGCUUUAGCUUCUUCUUGGUAAUGGCAGUAUUAGGCAACGCAACCGCAGCAUAUUAUGCUGCCGUAUUUCGUCCUACAGCAUGGAAACAAGCCUACGCUACGUUUUAUGGCGAUGAAACUGCUGCCGAAACAAUGGGUGGAGCAUGUGGGUAUGGAAAUUUGUUCAGCAGUGGUUAUGGUACUGCCACGGCGGCGUUGAGCUCCGUACUAUUCAACAAUGGCUACGGAUGUGGCCAAUGCUUCCAAAUACGGUGCGUAAAGUCGCAAUGGUGCUACAGAGGCUCGCCAAUCACCACCAUCACGGCCACAAACCUCUGCCCUCCUAACUGGGCUAAGGACUCGAACAAUGGUGGCUGGUGCAACCCACCUCGAACGCAUUUUGACAUGUCCAAACCUGCAUUCAUGAAAAUUGCACAGUGGAAGGCUGGUAUUGUACCUGUCAUGUUCCGCAGAGUGCCAUGUGUUAGGAGAGGCGGCCUUCGAUUCACCUUCCAAGGAAACGGCUACUGGCUGCUCGUGUACGUGAUGAACGUGGCUGGGGGCGGAGAUAUCGCACAAAUGUGGGUUAAGGGAAGCAAGACAGGGUGGAUAAGCAUGAGCCACAACUGGGGGGCUUCAUAUCAGGCAUUUGCAACUCUUGGAGGCCAAGCCCUUUCUUUCAAGUUAACUUCAUACACAUCCCAUGAGACUAUUAUUGCAUGGAAUGUUGCCCCUUCCAAUUGGCAAGUAGGGUUGACUUAUAGUGGUAAUGUCAACUUUCAUUGAGAUAUAUGUAUGUAAUGCAAGAAUAUAAUCCCUUUCUUUCCCUCUCUUUCUUUGCAUUUAAGCCAAAAGGGUAGCGCUUCAAACCAUUUUUUACUUA